UUCAUGACCCAUCCCCAUCAUCCACAUCACCUCAAAUAAGUACGAUGUCGAGACCAAACAUAUCGGAUAAUAACAAUAAUCCGUUUCUUUCGCAGGAGUGCCCUGAUGUAUGUUCAUUAGGAGACCGAUUUUCACAUUUGGGACAAUCAUUCAAAAGAGGAGACGCUGUUCUCGUAAUCGAUUCUACAUCUGGUCAAUAUGCAGCCAAAUUUUUGUCUGCAACAGAUUCAGAAGUAGUAAUACAACGACCCGAUGGUUCAAAACCAAGGCUUCAAAUGAAUUUACUGAAAGAAGGCAAAUAUCAAAUACAUUUAAAGGAUUUAAAGGAAUCAUAA